UAAUCCUGGGCUUACUUGUGUACGCAAUUUCGAAUGUUCGUUAUUGCGUAUUACGUGUGUUUCAGAGUAGAUAUUUAAGAAGAAAAAAGAAAACGAAUGUUUAUAUAAGAUAUAAUCUAGUCUUAUACAUAUUGGAUACGGAUCGUGAGUUUUCGAAAGGUCAACAAUUAAGUCACAAUAAUGGAUGAAAAGAACGAUUUGGUGCACAGUAUUUUGAAUAUGCGUAAGUCAGACCAACUUUUCAAAAUAGAAAUGUUACGCCCUUCAUGUCGAAGACAAGUAACAACAAAUGUUAGAGAUAAAGGAUUAAGUUCUUAUUUAGUUGGCCAAUCUAGCAAGGAAUCAGAAACAGACUAUGCACAAAAAUAUAAACAACAAGAUGAUGAAAAAUAUUUACAGUCCAUAAACAACAUGCUUUUUAUGAGAAAUGAGCAUUGGGAUAAUAUGUCUGAUAUUACUGCAUCUUCAGAGAUCCUUCGCAUGACAAAAAUAAAUACUGCUCAAAUUUAUCAAACAUACAAUUUUGCUUAUCGACCUAAGAUUGAGUUACCUAUUUUUUCUAUGAGAAAUAAGAUUGUAUCUAUGAUUGCAAGUAAUUCUGUCACUGUUAUUCGUGGCUCCACAGGCUGUGGAAAAACAACACAGGUCCCUCAACUUAUUCUUGAUGCUGAAUUCCAAAAGAAACAACACUGUAACAUUAUAGUGACACAACCGAGACGUAUUGCUGCAAUGAGCAUUGCAAAACGAGUCAGUCAAGAAAGAGAAUGGCCCGUUGGUACAAUAGUGGGAUUUCAAAUGGGCUUAAUUAAAAAUACAUGUUCCGACACUCGUAUAACUUAUUGCACAACUGGUGUGCUUCUGCACAAACUUAUAAAUAAGAAACAUAUGUUGGACUACACUCAUGUUAUAUUGGAUGAAGUGCACGAACGUGAUGAAGAAAUGGAUUUCCUUUUGCUCGUAGUCAGGAAGUUAUUACGUACAAAUUCACCAUUGGUUAAAGUUAUAUUGAUGUCUGCAACAAUUGAUGUAGAUAAAUUCGCUAAAUACUUUUCCACGCCUGUGGAAAAUAAACUUUUACCAGCGCCCAUUAUUGAUAUACCAAAUCGUAGUCCUUACAAUGUUUCUAUAUAUUACUUAGAUGAUAUGGAAAAUUUAGGUAAUAUACCUGAAAUAUCGAAAGAUGAACCAAAAUUUACAUUAUAUAUGGCGGAGUUUUCUGCGCGCAUCAUACAUAUUUUUGAUCGAAUCGACAAAAAAAGUAACAAUGAAGAUAAUCCAUGUGACAGGCCUGCUGUAUUAGUAUUUUUGCCAGGAAUCCAGGAAAUCGAGGAUUUACGUAGUGUGCUUUCGUCAGAAAAAAACGCCGAUUUAAAAUGGGAUAUAAUUGUUUUACAUUCGUUGAUCUCAACUGAGGAUCAAGAGGCUAUAUUUAAAAGGCCAACGAAAGAUUAUCGACGUAUCAUACUAUCAACUAAUAUUGCUGAAAGUAGCGUCACUGUACCCGAUGUCAAAUACGUAAUCGAUUUUUGUAUGAUGAAACAUCUCAUCACUGAGCCCGAAACCAAUUUCCAGUGUCUACAACUCUGUUGGGCGAGUAAAUCAAAUUGUCAGCAACGUGCCGGUCGUACAGGCCGUGUGAUGGAUGGUAGAGUAUAUAGAAUGAUAUCGAGAGAAUUUUACGAGAAUACGCUGCGCAGUGAUGCUAUUCCAGAAAUGCUCAGAAUCCCACUCGCAAAUGUGAUUCUCAAGACGAAAUUGUUGAACAUGGGUGAGCCGAAAGCUCUCCUCGCUCUUUCUCUGGAUCCACCAAACCUCAGCAAUGUACGAAGCACUAUAUUAUUGUUAAAAGAAGUUGGUGCGUUGCUUAAUAGGACUAAUAACGCACAAGAAUACGAUGGGGACUUGACGCCCUUGGGCCACGUGAUGGCCUCUCUUCCGUUAGAUAUACACCUGACAAAAUUGAUUAUUCUGGGUUAUAUCUUCGGUAUUCUGCAGGAUGCGAUUAUUAUCGCAGCUUCCAUGUCUGUUAGGGAAGUGUUCAAUAUCAAUUUUAACUGCAGGGGAUCAACCUAUCAGCAGAAGCUGCAUUGGGCAGCUAAUUCCGAUAGCGAUAACUUCGCGUGCUUGAACGCGUACAAAGUGUGGCGAAACGAAAAAAUGCAACGCCGCAUAACGAGCAAUAACCAGGAAAAGCAAUGGGCGCGUGAAAAAUAUCUCCGUUUGAAAUCACUGCGUGAGAUCGACGCCCUCAUAAACGAGAUAAUGUGCAAAUUGCGCAAUUUUGGUAUAAAAGAGAACGUUGAUAAACUAACGUGGGAAAGUCUCCACGUUAAUCGCAUUCUUGUUACAAAAAUUGUAAUUGCCGGCGCAUUUUAUCCAAACUAUUUCAUUAAGUGCCCGAACACGGAACGUAGCAAAAACAUUGAGAAAAUGUUGUCCUCGCGCAAUCCGAUGAAUACUGUUAUCCUACGAGGAUGGCCAUUGAAUCAACCUGGACCGCUGUAUUCAAGGAGGUUCCAGGAAAUUUUUGGACACCUCUUGGCACUCAAAAAUAAGGAAGACAUAACAGUGUCUUUCGACGGUUCGUCUCGCGUUUACAUCGAAUAUGACAAUAAGAAUCGCCUACCGAACCACUGCUCUUUUGUUCAAGAUUGCAUUAAGAUAAGGCAGUGUCGGAUUCCGAUCGAAAUACAUUUGUUAAACGAGAUAGAAUCUCAUCGCCGAUUCAAAGAACUUGGAUUUAGCACAAACUACGGAGAAAAAUGUGUCAUGCUUGAUUCUUCGAAUCCGCAAAAACCAUCAGCCAUACAAUAUAUGUACAAUCAAAAACCGUAUCCGGAGUUACCGAAACAGACUGAAUAUCGAACGUCGGUGGUAUUGCAAGGUCCAGAAUCGCCGAUAGAGGCUGAAGUAAUUCAUCUGACCAAAGUCGGAAAGAUAAAAAAAGUGAUUAUAGAGUCGUCGUCAGUCAAUUCUAUCUUAUUCGACACUUGUCCGGAUAGUCCGUCAGGAAUUUUUCUAGUGGCGCAAACCAUUAGUCGGGAUCGAUAUAUGUCGCGCUUAAUUCUGCGAAAUACGACUCUCUUGCCCAACACGCCUGGUCUUGCAUCAUUGAUACCUUUAAUUUUUACCCCAUAUAUGGAGCUAAGACGUAGUCCUCUGGGAACUUAUUACACAGGCGCUCUGUGUGGACUAGGAUACGACAGUUCUACAGGGAAUGGUUUAUUCCCGGAGCACGAUAUGGAAAUUACAUUUGACGUUGAGAUCACGAAGGAAGAUUUGGGAAUGAUAAAUAAACUGCGUCACUGGAUGAAUGUUGCUAUGCAAUUCAGUGAUGUAACAGAGAACAAUUAUGAAGACGACAACAUUCUGACUGAGCAGACUAUAAAUUGUCAGAAUCACAUUAAAAACACGUUCAAGAAACUGAUAUAUAAAAAUCGUCAGAUGCAACAGCCAGUUCUAAUUACCAAGUUCGACAAGUGGAAUCGAUACGACGAAAGUCUAUUUCUCGAGCCUGCUCGAGAAACUUUGAGGAGAAGCUAUGUGUACGGUUUGCACAAGGCAUUGGAGUUGAACACAAUAAACGACAAACUUGAAGAAAAGAUCAAGCAUCUGUUAGAAUUAGAGACUUUAGCUCACGAAAACCCGCUUGAGACAAGUAUUAAGCCUGUUUUUUGCAAGUUAUGUUCAAUGGAAAUAUGUGGUAUUAUCAAUCUUCGUGCACAUUUGUGCUCAGAACAGCAUACAAUGAAGCUGAAAAUGAUAGAUACAACUGCUGAACUUGGAGAAGAUCUACAAAGCUUAUUAAUGAAAAUGAGACUGUAAUGUGAGAUGAUAGUAACCAGAUUCUAUUUUUUUUAUUUCUUUUUUAUUUUAAUUUUACGAUACGUUAAAGUGCAAAAAUUAAGUUUAUCUAAUUGAAAGGAUAUCAUGUCUUUUACCUGAAUAUAUACAUUAAUAACACGCACACACACAAAAUAUACGUUUAUAUAUAUGUAUGAAACAAUUUAUUUUAAUGAUCAAAAACUUGUACUUAUAUUAAAAAUUUAAAGCUUAUUGUAAGUGCAAUCAAAGAAGACAUUACUAUAAAAAGGAAUAAUUAUUUUUGUUUAGCUUUACUUCAUAAUUAAACAUGUGCAAUUUUUUUAUGUUAACGUUUUAAAGUUGACUUACCAAUAUAUAAACGUACAAAGAUAUAUAAGCGUUCUAUAAAUAUAUUCGUGAUAUCCAAUGUGAUGUUUUUAUUAUACAUUUGCAUACGUUUAUCAAAUACAAUCAAAUUUUUAUAUCUUUAACCCUUUCAGUACUAAAAGUGACGAUUAUUGUCAUCCACAUCGAGACGACCAACUCCGUCGUACCGAAAGGAUUAAUUUUCUUGUGUUGCUUUUCUAUUGUUUUACAUUUGCUAAGUAAUCAAAUAACAUAACUGUAAAAAUAAAAAAAUGUGCCAUGUAAGAAUAAAAAAAAUGUAAGAAGACCAAGAAUAAAUCAAUUAAAAAUGAAGAUUUGAUUUCACAUGAUGAAAUAAUGAUUGUUAAAUUUUUAAUUGCAUAGUUUUCUCUUUAACAUUCUUAUUCACACAAGAUAUAUCUUGC